GCUCUGCCCGCAGUGGAAGGAGGCCAGCGGGCGAUAUUCUUCAACCGCAUCGGUGGGAUCCAGCCGGACACGAUCAUGGCUGAGGGGCUGCACUUCAGAGUUCCCUGGUUUCAGUAUCCGAUAAUUUAUGAUAUCCGAGCUCAUCCCCGAAAAAUCUCCUCCCCAACAGGCUCUAAAGAUCUACAGAUGGUGAACAUCUCUCUGCGUGUCCUUUCACGCCCCAAUGCUGCAGAGCUGCCCAAAAUGUACCAGCGCCUGGGUCUGGACUAUGAGGAGCGGGUCCUUCCUUCCAUUGUCAAUGAGGUGCUCAAAAGUGUUGUGGCCAAGUUCAAUGCUUCCCAACUCAUCACUCAACGAGCUCAGGUCUCUCUGCUUAUCCGACGGGAACUGACAGAGCGAGCCAAGGAUUUCAGCCUCAUCUUGGAUGAUGUGGCUAUCACAGAGCUGAGUUUUAGCCGUGAAUACACAGCAGCUGUUGAGGCCAAGCAAGUGGCUCAGCAAGAGGCCCAGCGAGCCCAGUUUCUGGUGGAGAAGGCCAAGCAGGAACAGAGGCAAAAGAUUGUCCAGGCAGAGGGGGAAGCCACGGCUGCCAAGAUGAUUGGCGAAGCAUUGAGCAAGAACCCAGGCUAUAUCAAGCUGCGCAAGAUCCGAGCUGCCCAGAACAUCUCCAAGACUAUUGCAGCGUCGCAGAACCGUGUGUAUCUCACAGCAGAUAACUUGCAGUUGAACCUACAGGAUUCGGACUUCACCAGAGGAAGUGACAGCCUCAUAAUCAAACAGGGCAAGAAAUGAAGCCAUUCACACCAGCUGGCCGAGCGAGUGACUUGGCGAGACUCCUCCUCUGCCUGGGCCCUCCCCUGGGGCCUGUUCGCUUUCAUCGACCGCCAUCUCACCCCCUUCGAAAUUCCCAAUACAGUGGCCUAGCUGGUCCCUGUUUCCCAGUGUUGGGAGCCCUCUCUGCCAUUGGGUUUCAGCAGUUGGCUGGUUUAAUUCCUCCUUCAUGUAUGUGCUGUCCAGUCCCAUUUGGAGGACCAGUGAGAGCCCUUGGGGACCUGUUCACACCCCGCCUCUUCUAGAGCUUGGAUUUUUAUAGGGCUAGAACCAUAACUGCUGUCUGCCAAGCCUGUGAGGCCUUUAUAUUUUGGUACCAGCACCCAACUUUCAGUUCGAUGACUAUUGAGUUUCUAUUCCCCCCCCCACCCUGUGGGAAGCUCAUGGAUGAAGGCUUUCAAGGGGCUUCUGCUCUCAGAUCACACAAUCUAGUCUGCUCAGUGAUUCUUUCAGAAGUUUGUAAAAAUAAAAAACUCAAAAUGUGUCCCAGGUG